AUGCUGAAGAAGCUGCAGAAAGCGGUUCUCUUCGUGAGACUCGUGGGAUACACACUGCGGCUCUACGUGGACUUCAUCUCGCGAUCCUACACAACGAAAAAGAUCACCGCCAACCCUGCAUCGAAGGAUGCCGAGCCGAUCAACAUCGUUGUCGUUGGGGCCUCUUUCGCCGGCUACCAUGCCGCCCGGGUAAUCGCAACAUCACUUCCCGCAGACGGGCCGUACCGCCUCAUUAUCGUCGAACCAAACCGUCACUGGCAGUUUACGUGGACUUUGCCUCGCUUCUGUGUCGUCGAGGGGCACGAGCACAAGACGUUCAUUCCUUAUGGUCCCUAUCUGCCAGCGGGCUCGGAGUCCAUCGUGCGUUGGGUUCACGAUCGCGUCUCGACCAUCACGGAGAAGACAGUAACCAUCCAAGGCACCGGCGAAGAAAUACCUUACUCCUACAUGGUGAUUGCAACGGGGUCCGGUGUCGGCAUGUCUUUGCCAUCGCGAGUAGGGUCAACAGAUAAGGCCGAAGGGGUCCGAUUGCUGGAAAACUUCCAGCAGCGCAUCAAAGCCGCCAAGAACCUGAUUGUUGUCGGAGGAGGUGCCGCUGGUGUUGAGCUUGCAACGGAUGCCAAAGACCAGUACCCCGAGAAGAGCGUGACUUUGGUUCAUUCAAGGGACGCCGUCAUGAACCGUUUCGGUCAGGAACUGCAGAUCGGAGCUCUCAAGGGGUUGAAGGAACUCGGCAUCGAAGUGAUCCUAGGAGAACGGACGACUACCGAUUCUCCCGUGGACGGUUUUGUCACUCUUCGUUCUGGUCGCAAGGUUGAAUGUGACUUUUUGGUCAACGCUAUCGGCCAGCAGCCUUCCUCUCAGCUUAUCAGCGAGUUUGCUCCUGAGGCGGUUGCCAAAACAGGCCGCAUUAAGGUCAAGCCGACAAUGCAGAUCGAUGUCGACUCGCUCCCCAACAUCUACGUCUGCGGCGAUGUCGCCGAGGCGGGCGUCACCAACCCCAACGCCCGAGCUGCCAUGAAGCAGGCCAUCUAUGCAGCUGAUAAUCUCGUCCUGGCCCUUCAGGGAAAGAAACCCACCAACAUUUACCAACACUAUUGGGCAGAUGGUGUUAUCAAGCUGACGCUGGGUCUGCACAAAUCCAUUACGGCUUUCGGAAUCGGAGACACCGAGCUGCUUUUCCACGCCAAGGAGAAGGAGGUUACUCUAAUGAUCGAGCGGGCUUGGACAAACAUGGGAGCCAAACCUUAUGAAGACAAAGAGUACCGGUCUGGUAAUGCCCAGGACUCUGGUACUACUAAAGUUCUGGAAGUGGCCAACGAAGUAGUGUGA